AUGAGGGUUUCUCUAUCGACGGCUCUCGUGCUUGGUAUUACGGGAGCAAGUCCGGGAGUCAUUCUUCUACUCACGUGCACGGCGGCUACAGCGUUUUCAGCGUUGCCGCCCACCACAAACCUCUCCCCUGCUAGUGACGCAUUCGUAGCUAGACGCUGGAAAAUCGUUGCAGCACCCCACCAUCGGUCUGGCUCUUCACUCCGUUCUAUUGUCGAUAAAAGGAAUGGCAGAGACCGAGAAGAGAACGAUGAAAUCGCCACCUCCAACUUGGGUCCCUCCACGACACCAAUCAUUCCGUCGGGUUUCAAUCCGUUCGAGUACAAAUCGUCUAGCCGUGACUCAUCCGUAUCAUAUCUGAAUCGAGUGUCGCUCCGGCAAACAACUAUGCAAGAACUUGUCAAUGAACUGUUGAACGUCGUCGAGCGAGAAGAGGAAACUCAACGAACGUUACAAUCCUAUCAGGACUUCUUACUCGAACCCUUGGAGUGCGACGGGGCUGUGUUGGAUUCAGACUCGAUAUACAGUUCUACCAUGAAUCGUACACAGCGGUAUGCGGCCUAUCGAGAAUCCAUGGAAGAACGCGUAACAAAGGCCAAGAAUACAUCUGUUCGCCAAGUGCUAAUUUCUCUCCAAAACUUUGUGCGUUCGUUUGAAAAAGGUGGAACAGAAUGA